CGGGGAUCUAAAUGGCAGCGGAACCCCGGUGUGAGGUCGUAUAAAUAGCGUCGCAAUGAUAUUUGAUCCUUUGAUAUAGCGGUGGCCUGCAGUUGUCAACAUUUCAUCAUUUUCCUCUGAUAGAAAGCGAAAGUAAUAUCUCCUUGCACCGAUGGCCUCCGUCUAUCCGGAAAAAAACCAGCCCAUAGACGUGCUCCAGCCAUCACCAUCUGUCGUCGAUGGUCCCCAUCCAAACCCCCUUAUCUCGGCAGGCGCGUCUCCAUCCAGCUUGGAUGACAAAACAAUGAAGAUUAUAGCAGGUUCCUUGGAAAGUCCACUCAUGGAAAUUCAAGACAAGAGUGAUCCUUUACAUUUGAGCGAUCAGUCGCUUAGUAAAUCGCUUCAAGAUCUGAAUUUGUCCCCAGUUCUUCCACCACAAGGCUUGGAAACAAAUGUUCAGACGGACUCGACUAUUCCAGACAACGGAGUAGAAAUCAUACCGUUACACGAUGAUCCUGGGUGCCCAAUCGUAACCUUGAGGUCCGUUUUGGUCGGAGUAUUUCUUUCGGCUUUGGGAGCUUCAGUUACGCAGCUUUUCUACUUUAAGCCAGUUCAUAUGCAGAUAAAACUUCCUUUUCUUCAAAUAGCAGCGUUUAUCAUUGGCCGAAGUUGCGAAUUGAUACCUGGCCCACAAUGGUGGAAUCCAGGAGCUUUCAGUCUGAAAGAGACAGGUUUUGCCGCGCUGAUGGCAGCUGCAGCUGGCGUGGCUACAGUUCCAGCGGAGAUGAUUGCAGUGUACGAGCUCUACUUUGGCCAGGUCAUCAACUUCGGCGUUGCUCUCGGGAUCUUGGUCGGUGCACAGCUCCUCGCAUAUGGAUGGGCCGGCUUACUACAGCCUAUUUUGAUUUACCCUUCUCGUGCCGUUUAUCCUGAAGCGCUUCCCAGUGUGUCUCUCUUGAACUCCCUUUUUAAGGUGGGAUCCAAAUCCGAUGACCAAGUCAAAUUUUUCAAAAAGGCUUUCUUAGCGAUUGGAGUUUACGAGAUCCUACCAACAUAUGUUGCUCCAGCGUUCCAGGCCAUCAACGUCUUUUGUUUGACUUUACCAAAAAAUCAACUCAUAACCAAUAUCUUUGGUGGUGCUCGACCAUUUGAAGGCAUGGGUCUUUUCAGCAUUUCAUUAGAUUGGUCCAUGGCAGGGGGGCGAGGCCCACUUUUCAUGCCUCUCAGUACGCAGAUUCACGAAAUACUGGCUUUGGUGAUUUCCAUCUUUGCCUUCUUUUUGGUUUAUUCAAAAUCAUGGCAUGGUGCUGGUCUCAAUCAAAAUUUCCCCUUCCUGUCUGCCAGUCUUCUUACUUCAGACGGGAAGCCGUAUCCAUAUCGGCAGGCGAUCAAUACCGACGGUACAGCCAAUGAACAGUUCAUACAAACAGCGGGCCUUCCAUUUUUUACAGCAACUUUCUACUUGAUCCAGAUUCUUACUUCAGUUUAUUUGACAAGUUCGCUUUCACAUGCUGUUUUAAACAAUUACCACCUCAUCGGGCCACUAUUGAAGAGGAUGAAGAGUCCGGAAGAGAUUGACCCUCACCGCGUGGUUUGCCAGAAAUAUAGGGACUUCCCCAUCUGGGGUUUUGUGGUUAUGGUGAUUGUCUCAUUCGCCUUGACUUUUGGGAUGUCCUCGGCUAGUCCCUCGGGAAUAUCAUUUGUUGGCUUACUGGUUGCUUUGAUACUUUCUUUCUUGAUGACAUUAGCGGGUGGUUUUAUCAGUGCAGUCACCGGUUUCCAAGUAAGGCUCACAUCUGGAAUUCAAAUGCUUGGGGGUCUUAUGUUUCCAGGCCGUGUAUUUCAAAACAUUUGGUUCACAGCAUACGGUGCGGGAAGUGCCAUGCAGGCCAUGAGUAUCCUCCGAGAUCUAAAGUUUGGGCAAUAUGUCCACUUGCCACAAUAUAUUGUGGUUUAUUCCCAAUUAAUUGGUGGAGGAGUCGGUGCAUUGGCUACUGUUAUCGUCAUGAAAGCGAUCCUAAAGAACGAGCGUGACGUACUGAUCUCCGCUCACGGCAAUGGCGUGUUCUCUGGAGCUGAAACUGCUGCUUCUCAAGCUCGCGCUAUCAGCUGGGGCAUAUUCUCCAGGAGACUGUUCCUCUUUGGCCAAAAAUAUUCGGCAGUCAGUUGGGGAAUGGUAGUUGGCAUCUUCCUUCCUAUCCCUUUUUUUGUUGCACAUAGGUUUUGGCCGCGAUACAAGUUCAAUCUGUUCAACGUGCCGCUACUCCUUGGAAUCACGACUGGUCUCUAUAACUUGGCCUCCGCAGGAGAACCUAUGCGUAUCAUCAUAGGACUGAUGUCACAAUUCUGGGCGCGAAAAUAUCGAACACGAUGGUUUCGCAAAUAUAACUACAUUUUAUCAGCUGCUCUCGACGGUGGAACGGAACUGGUUGUCUUUUUCUUGGCAAUAGUCUUUCAAGGAGGUGAUGGUCACAGAAUCAAUUUUCCUACGUAUUUCCUCAACCCUCCUUCAUCUACUCCCAGAGAUUACUGCUUUAUGGCUCCUGAUGCCCGUGCGGCCGAGUCCUAACUCACAAUCACUCAUGAGAAGAAACAAUAAACACAUGAGGUAUUCUUCAUUUAAAUGUCUAAAUUCCACCCACUAUUUUUUAAAAGAAAUGCCUGUGAAAUAAAAACCUUCCAUAGGAACACUGUCAAAUCAAGAAGUUUGAUUUUUUUUGCUUCAUAAUGUCAUCAAAAGUUUGUAAAUCUGG